AUGAAGCUUUUAUCUUCUCUCCUUUUUUCAUCCAAUCAAAAACCAAUAACCCUUACGGAUGGCUGGACUGGACAACAACCACAAUCACGACCUAAUAUUGUAUUCAUCCUCACCGAUGACCAGGACUUACAUUUAAACUCGAUUGAGUAUAUGCCGUUCUUAAAAAAACAUCUAAUCGAGCAUGGCACUUUCUAUAAAAGACACUUCUGCACGACUGCGCUCUGCUGCCCUUCUCGCACGACUAUAUUCACCGGUAAAAACGCCCAUAACACGAAUGUUACCAACGUCGUUCCACCGUACGGCGGAUACCCUAAGUUUGUUAGCCAGGGGUUGAAUGAUAAAUAUCUUCCAGUCUGGCUCCAGGAGUCGGGCUAUGAAACAUAUUAUACAGGAAAGCUUUUUAAUGCGCACUCGGUUGAUAAUUACCAUUCACCUCAUGCUGCUGGCUGGACUGCUUCUGACUUCCUGUUGGAUCCAUUCACAUACUGGUAUAUGAAUAGCACAUAUCAGAGAAACAAAGACGCACCAGUGAGUUUUGAAGGACAACAUAGCGUUGACGUCCUCGCGGCGAAAGCACUAGGGCUAUUGGAUGAGGCAUUCGAAACUGGGAAGCCUUUCUUCCUUGGCGUUGCUCCAGUCAGUCCUCACGCAAAUAUAUGGGCUCCUAAUUUCAAGGAUGGUGGCCAUGGUGACUUAGAGAAGGUCGAGUUUUCACCGCCAGUGCCAGCUGAGAGGCACGCCAACCUAUUCGAAGGUGCUAAGGUCCCGCGGACUGAGAAUUUCAACCCGGACAAGCCAUCGGGUGCUAGUUGGAUUCGAAAGUUACCGAAGCAGAGCCAAGAGACAGUUGAUUAUAACGACCACUUCUAUCUCCAGAGACUUCGAACCCUCCAAAGCGUCGACGAGAUUGUGGAUUCGCUUGUUCGGCGCCUGGACGAGCUCAAAAUUCUGGACAAUACGUACAUAGUCUACUCUACAGAUAAUGGUUAUCAUAUCGGCCAGCAUCGGAUGCAACCCGCAAAGCAAUGCAGCUUCGAAGAAGACGUCAAUAUCCCGCUUAUCAUUCGGGGGCCUAGAGUCCCGAAAAAUGUGAGUAGCGAUAUCGUAACUGCUCAUACUGAUCUGGCGCCUACCUUCUUAGAAAUAGCAGGCGCUCCUAUGAGAGACGACUUUGACGGGCUCGCCAUCCCGCUUACUGAAGAAAGCCUCGCGGAAGCAAAGGAGACACGUCAUGAGCAUGCUUCAAUAGAACACUGGGGAUUCGCCUCAAACGAGGGGCAGGUACUUGAUUCAUACCCGAGACUGCACACAAAUAAUACUUAUAAAGCUCUUCGUGUCAUUAGUAAGGCGUACAACCUACACUACCAGGUGUGGUGCAACAACGAGCGAGAGCUGCACGACCUAACAACAGAUCCGGGACAGAUGAUUAAUCUCCUACAUCCCGACGAAGACGCCCCAGAAACCAUAGCUGGAGCACCCAUCGAUAAGGUUGUUGCCAGACUGGAUUCUUUACUCUUCGUCUUGAAGUCGUGUAAGACAGAGACCUGUAUCUACCCAUGGAAGGCGCUUCAUCCGGCUGGUAAUGUUGCCAGUCUGAAAGAUGCGCUUUCCCCGCGGUUCGAUGCCUUCUAUGAUGAAAAGUCGAGAAAGAUCGAGUUCGAUAGAUGCGAGAUGGGUUUCAUACUUGAUGCCGAGGGGCCGCAGUUCGAGAGCGAGAGUAUUCUCUCUGGUUUUGAUCCGAACUGGCACGAGUGGACCUAG